AUGGAGUUGGGAACGGAAGUAGUGUGGGCAUUGACUGUCUUUCUAAUCGUUGUCUUCACAUUAUUAAUUAAGAGAAAGAAACACACCAAUUAUCCUCCAUUGUAUAGUGGGUGGAUUCCGUGGUUGGGGUGUGCUUUAGAAUUUGGUCGAGCACCUGUCUUGUUUAUUGAAGCAAAACGAAAAGAGCUUGGUUCCAUCUUCAGUCUGUAUAUUACAGGCGAGCGGUAUACAUUCUUCACUGAUCCAGAGGAUUAUGGACAUUUUUUUUAUUCCAGCAAUGUCAGUUUUGGCCAAGCAGUUCAGAAUUCUGUUCAACGAGUUGCGUCCAUCACAGAAGAGUCGUUCUUCAAGUACCACACCAGCCUCCAUGAUGCUGUCAAGGGAAGGUUGGCUGCGUCUCAGCUGGCUUCAAUAUCACCGAGUCUCCUACAUAACUUCAAACAACAUCUAGAUCAUGUCACUACAGGAGACUGUGAGAGUCUUCACGCUGUCAUACAAACCGUUAUGUACAAAUCUGUCAUGACGGAACUGUUUGGGAAAGGAAUUCUUCCCACAGAAUCUGAGACAGAGUAUGCCGAGUUUGAGAAACACUUCAUCAAAUUUGACGAUCAGUUUGAAUAUGGAAGUCGACUUCCACCAUUCUUCCUCAAAGACUGGAGUACAUCAAAGCAGUGGUUGUUGAAACUUUUUACUGGUGUUGUGAAGCGACUUGAAAAGUGUCAAGACAAUGGUGAUAAGCAGACCCUACAGCAACAUCUGAUUGGCCUUGUUGAUCGACGCCACGCCCCCAACUACAGCAUGCUCCUGCUCUGGGCCUCACUGGCUAAUGCAAUUCCUAUCACGUUUUGGACCCUGGCCUUCAUGAUGAACAACAAGGAUGUGAUGAAGAAAGCUCGGUCAGAAGUAGACACAGUUCUCGGAAAAUCAACCCACAUUACUGAAGAAGUGUUGCGAGAAAUGCCAUAUUUGAAAAUGUGUAUUCUUGAAUCAAUUCGCAUGCGGUCACCUGGAGUGGUUGUAAGAAAGGUGGUCAAGGGAUUCACAGUCAAGGGCUACAAGAUCCCUGAGGGUGACAUUGUGAUGGUGUCCCCCUACUGGACUCAUCGGAACCCUAAAUACUUCCAUGAUCCCAAUACUUUCAAUCCGGAACGAUGGAACAAAGAAGACCUUGAUAAAAAUCUGUUUCCUCCAGGCUUUAUAGGAUUUGGAGGGGGCCGUUACCAGUGUCCAGGCAGGUGGUUUGCUCUUCUUGAGAUGCACAUGUUUGUUGCCUUGUUUCUGCAACGCUUUGACUGCAAACUGCUGAGCCCCGUACCUCAACCAAGCACUCUGCAUGUCGUGGGAACUCAGCAGCCAAUGGGUCGGUGUGACUUCCAGUUGUCCAACAGACUUGUGUAACACAAAACAGUUAGUUAUGCUAGGUUCAGACUGUCAAUUGUUACGACAAAGUUGGCAAACUCAACCGUUCCAUUGUAAUUUCCUUAACUCCAGUUAAGAUAGAUGCACUCAGAUUAACAGCUAAUGGGUCAUACUGUGAGAAUUGAGUUGUACGAGCUGGACAGUCAUUGAAGUCGUGACAGCAGAAUGUUGGCCAACUUCAUGUUGGCAAUUGGUAGUCAGAGACUAGCAUAAGUCAUUUAUAUCUACUGUUAUUAGUUGGACUAUAGAGUGAUAUUUUCUUAUCAACUGGAUGGUUUUAAAACUGCAUUUUUCAGACUCUUUAAGCUAGUAAAUUGUUUUCUGUACCCCUUUCAUGUACCGUAUAUUGCCAUGUAUUAGCCAACUCCUUGGAUAAGCCGACCUCUUUGUUUGACCCUAAAUAUCCAGUACAAAAUCAUCGGCCUUGUGUAUACGCCGAAGUCAUCUUUUGUCCAGCUGUAUGUUGUAUCGAUUUCAAUAAUAUUGUCAACAAAUAGACAUGUGCUUUUCUUGUUCAUUACAUUUGUUUUCCCUUUAAUUAUUACAAACACGGUAAUCGCGAUUGCAAUCAAUCAUCAAUGAGGCAAUGCUAACAUCUACCAUGCCGUGAAAAAUAAUUUAGAAUUGAUAAAGCAUAGCAGGAAAAUAAAUAAUUCAAGCUGUAACAACAUAUCACUGCACAUAAGUAAUUAAUUUAUUCACUGGACAGCAAAAAGUAAAAUCAUUGAGGCAUGUUUAAUGCCUCACCACACACACACACAAACAAAAGAUCAUGCAGUUCGUGACUGCAGCUGUUCACUGUAUAUGGUAUGAUCAUGUGACAAUAGUGGGAGUAAUUAUCAUCCUGAAAUUCAUGUUGUUUUUUCAGUCGAUAAUGUUACUAAUAGCUUAAUUUAUUUAUGGCAUUGCUUUACAGUUUAAUGCACCCUCCCAACAAAACAAUAAUAUUAGAAAUAUAAUACUUGUUUGAAGAAAAAACACUGUUUUGUAUCUUAAACUUGCUAUAUGAA